AUGGUCUCGCAUAUCUAUAGAUCUUUGAAUGAGAAGGAUCUUGGCGAGGACUCUAACCACACCAACGAGCCUUCACCAAACACCCGGGACAAACUCCGAGCACUGAUCAAGCAAAGCUUUCCAGGUCUCAUAAUAGCGAUCUUGGUUUUCAUCGUGUUAUUUGGCCUUGCCACAGUCUCAGGAUUCGCUGUCGGCAAGAAUGCUGCCUCAAGACUUGUUGUCUUAGAUCAACCAAGUCCUCAGCCUCAGGCCUUUUUUCCGAAUUUUGGCAAGGUCUCGACAGUUUUCGUGGCCGACUCCGAAUAUACUCGUAAUGACACUUAUGGAGAUCAAUUGUGGGACGGGCUGGUACCGAUCGGUGCCGGGUACGUCAGAGUACCGAAUCCAAGACAGUAUCGUCUACCCGCAAGCCAGGUCGUGAAGGACAAUGGGACAGGUUAUGCAGAGAUGUAUCAAGCAUCUGUUAUACAUCAGCUGCAUUGUAUGGGUGUUUUACGAAACUACACUCGCGCGUAUGAGGCGGGUAUCCCCCCUCCAUUCGGCGGCCAUUUUCACGUGAAGCACUGCAUCGAAUAUGUCCGACAGGCCAUCCUCUGUACAGCAGACACCACUCUUGAGCAGGCGAACGCAGGUGGCGGUUUCACUGCGCAAGGUGCUGUACCUCAAUGUCGUGACUGGAAUCUUGUAAAAGGUUUCCUGGAAACUAACCGAGCGGAUGACUUCCAUCCAACUAUACUGGACACUUGA